GAAAGGAGAGGAAUAUAAAAGGAGGGGAAGGGCAUAGUAGUUGGUCACUCAAAGGAAACUCGAAACGCACACUCUUUGCAUCUCUUCCUUCCAAAACACAUGACUCGUCCCUUCAGAUAUUUAGGCGAGACCACCUCGUCCGCCCACUCCGCCCUCGUCGACUCCGACUUCGUCGUCAUCCUCGCCGCCCUCCUCUGCGCUCUCAUCUGCGUCCUCGGCCUCGUCGCCGUUGCGCGCUGCGGCUGUCUCAGCCGCCUCCGCCUCUCCGCGGCCGCCGCUCCCCAGCCUCCUCCUCCCGCCGCCGCCAACAAAGGCGUCAAGAAGAAGGUCCUCCGCUCCCUCCCCAGGCUCACCGCCACCGCCGAAUCCGCGGUCAAGUUCGCCGACUGCGCCAUCUGCCUCACGGAAUUCGCGGCCGGAGACGAAAUCCGAGUGCUGCCUCAGUGCAGUCAUGGAUUCCACGUGGCCUGCAUCGACGCCUGGCUCAGAUCGCAUUCCUCCUGUCCUUCCUGCCGUCAGAUUCUGGUGGUUUCUCGCUGCGACAAGUGCGGCGGGAUCCCUGCUCCGGCGGCCAGCAGCUCCUCCUCCGCACCGGAAUCGGAGGCGAGAUUGAAGGUUAGGGAGGAUGACGUGAAUAGGUUCUUGCCUUAGCUUAGUUUAUAGUAUUAACUCAAAAUUCAUCCAUCCUAUUCUCAAUCUUGUCUAUAUAAUAAUAAUAAUAAUAAUAAUAAUAAUAAUAAUAAUAUAACAUAUGUAUAAUAUGGAAUACCUACUCGUGUGUAUUUUUAUUUUUUAAAAAAUUUAAGUAGGAAUUAGUUAAUUAGUGUUAGAUGCAUUUGGUUAGGGUUGUAAUUAGCACUUGUCUUAUUAUUAUUGCAUUCGUAUUCUCCCAAAUCAGCUGUGUCCUAUGUAAUUCCUAUUAAGACUUUUUUAUUUUUUAA